AUGCGUCCGGAGAGUGCGGACGUUUCCAACAAUCCCUCUGGGGAUGCGUGUAAGAAAUGUAAAAUUAUACCCGUGACAGGGCUUAAAUGUGUUAAGUGCAAUUCGCUCAGUCAUCCCAGCUGUGUGAAAUUAUUAAAAAAUGUGCAGUACCUAGGUGAUGCGCAAAUAAUCUGUUGCGAUAAUGCUGAAAGUGUGGAUAAUGCAAGUAACAAGUCGCAAAUAUUUGAAUUUUCCCAUGAAGAUAUUGAAAAGAUUAUCCAAAAGGUAACUCGGCCCUUAAUGCAUGAAAUUGAGUUGUUGCGUAUGGAAGUUCGAGAUUUAAAAGAAACUAAUGUGGACUUGAUUAAAUUAAUGACACAAAGUAACCCCAGUCUUGCUCCAAAGCUCUUUUCUUCUCAAGAAAUAAAAUCUACAGUUCCUAAAUGGUCGUCAGUCAUUACACAAUCAAUUGAUAAGCCAAGUCAGUCAUUACAUUUUCCGAAUUUUCGUGAUAAAGUUGAUGUGAACUUGAAUAAACCUUUCACUGAAGGUGAGAGAAGCACCGAUAACGAUAACAAGAACAGCGCAAGAAAUCGUGGAAAGAAAAUUCAAAAAAAGGAGUCAACUACUGUUACCAAUAAACAAACAGAUGAAUUUCGUGUGAGUAGGGACGACGAAAUAAAUUUUCAUGACAAAGUGGAAAAUCCGUGGAUGGAACUAAGAAGAAAUCGAAGCAAUCGUAGAAAACAAGUACCCACUAUAACUGGAACUUCGAAGCAAGAAGAUGAUGGUGAAUUUCGUUCUACUUACGUUAAAAGAGCAUGGUUCUACGUCGGAAAAGUUGUUAAAAACAUUGAGACUAGUAGUGUCAAAGCUUAUAUAACCAAAAAGUUGUCCACUGAUGAGGUCAUAGUCGAAAAUCUUAAGCUGCAGGGAACAUAUGAUGCCUUUAAAGUUGGUGUAAACUUUAGUCUGAAGGACAAUUUAUUACGUGAAGAUUUUUGGCCACAAGGUAUUAGUAAUAGUUGCAUUAAUGUGGUUAUUUCUGAAGAUGAUGUAAGCAGGGCAAUAAAAUUACUUAAGGAUAGUCAAGUUGCUGGAGAUGAUCAAGUUCCCAGUUUUCUGGUUAAAGACUGUUCUAAUGUUUUCGUUAAGCCCCUAAUGCAUAUCUUUAAUAUAAUUUUAAAAACUUCAUGCUUUCCGGAUAAGUGGAAAACCGCCAAGAUUGUGCCCAUUUUCAAGAGUGGUGAUGUUUCAGCAGUGAGCAAUUAUAGACCUAUUUCGUUGCUGUGCAAUUUUUCAAAAAUAUUUGAACGUAUUCUUUUUAAUCAGAUCUCCUUCCAAACUAAGUUGUUAGUAAAUGAGGGCCAACAUGGGUUUACCAUGGGCAGAUCCACUUUAACGAAUUUAACUUGCUAUUCCCAAGAUAUAUCUCAGGCUUUGGAUAACAGAGGUCAAUUGGACGUGAUGUAUGGUGAUUUUUCAAAGGCCUUUGACAGAGUCAACCACCAGCUCUUAUUAAGAAAGCUGUCGAAUAUUGGUUUCUCUAAUUCUCUCACAAAUCUUUUUGAAUCUUAUUUGACUAAGCGCAACAAUUUUGUGGUAGUAAAUGGAUUUAAGUCCAACAGUUACAUCACAGUUGCUGGAGUGCCGCAGGGCUCCACUCUUGGUCCUUUGCUAUUCACAUUAUUUAUUAACGAUGUAUGA